AUGCUCAAUGACGGCCGCUCUGGUGACGGGAAGCGUCAGGGCGCCUACCCAGAAAAACAAGACCACGCCCAAAAGAGCACAGAAACGGAUCCAGCAAGACAAAAGAUUGGCGAACGCAAGGCUAUCGACGGCGCAGCGUCGGGGAGAAUGCUCCCCGUGCCAGGAAGGCGAGUGUCUGUGAUCUCCGAGAAGAUGAAGCAACGCACUGGCACUCUAGAGACAGGCCAGAUGCCCGAGGGUGCUAUCAGAAGGAUCAUGCGUGAAGAGGAGCUUGUUGUCCGUGACAAUCAAGGAAAUGUCAAGGGAGACUUGAGCCGGGAGUUGUUGAGGCAUAGAUGGUUUACCAAGCCCGUCGUGGCGGUCAAUGACCGUCUUCUUCUCCGCUGUAAGACAAAGACGGCCCAAUAA